GCUGACCGCCCUGUGGUGAAUACCACGCCCAGUUCCGUGUCCAUGGUAACGCAAUGUCGCGUCCAGAACCUGCGUAAGUGCCUUAUAGCUGCUGCUGCUGCACGAGUGGCCGAACUUACUGGGAUUCCUGUCAGAUCACAUAUCUUUAUUUAUCAUCAUGAUAACUUUAACUUCACCAAAUGGAAGAAAGGAAGUUGUAACUGUGAGGAGAACGGAAUCUCUAGAUGUUCAUGGUAUCAUUAAGCACAAAACAACCACCACAGAAAGGAUAUUUGGGAGAGUCAAUGUCAUAUAUCUGCUUGAGAAAGCAAACUUGGCUGUGACUGUCUAUAGUGAAAAAAAUGGUGUGCUGGCCAAUGCUGUCCUCUUGGAUUACCCAAACUGGGAUGUUGUGGAUCAGGAUGAGUGGGAGGAAAAGCUGCCGAAACACUAUAAGGAGCUAUGUAAUUGCACACCUCUGAACACGCUGUUUCUGCACCUUUUUGUGGCCAAAGAUGAAUAUUCUGAGCAGUGUAUUCAGGAGAUCAUACGGGUGGUGUUCAAUACAGUUCCAUACCUGCACUUUAUAUGUCUUACAGCGCCACAGGAUGAAGCACUUGGUCUGGCUUUAGAGUCAGUGUUUCAGCCAACAAAAACCGCGUCUGAUUCGGCACUCGCAAAUCAGUAUUCUCUAUACGUGUGCCAUAGGCACAACCAUUGCCCACAGCUGUAUGUCCGGAAAGCAAGAGUGGAAGACCAUGAUGAUCUGAUACCUAUUUUCAUGCGUCACAAUGACACCCUUAAAGCUACAUAUGGAGAAUUCUUCCUUGCAGAACUGAUUGAAGCUCAGGAUGAACAGAACCACGCUAUUGUUUGUGAGGAUAAGGGCAAGGCUGUGGGCUUUAUGAGUGUGAGUUCUGAGAUUAAUGCCAGGCUGCUACAAGACUGCUUUGACUUGGGGCCUUUUCAUGGACUCUGCAAGCCAAAUCCUGAUGAUAUUUUAUAUGCAGACGAGAAGACAAAUUCUCAGAAAGAUCUAAUGUUAAGCAGACAAGACAGUCAAACUUCUGCUGCCAUGUUGUCACAACAAGAAAACAGUGAUCACAACACAGAGGAAAAGAUAGAUUUAAAUAAUGAUACAACUGCAGUCUCUACUGGAAAUGAUAUGAUGGAGCCUAAAGAAGAGGAGACAUUGCAAGAGCUAAGUGAUACAGUAAGCAGGGAUCCUGCUGCAGAUGAUGCCAUCCACACAAGGAAUUGCAGGGCUCAAGAGACCGGGAGCAAUGCAGCAGACAGACAGCAUCUCCGUCCUUUAUAUAAAGGUGAUGUCACUGCCUUCAGCAUCCAGCUGUUCUGUAUUGAUGAAAAGCAUGAGUCAAGGUCUGUGGAUUUUUUGAGCUUUGCCUUCAGCCUGUUUCCUGACAAAGACUUCUGUGUCAUCACAGUUCCUCAUCUGGUUCCUGAGUUUCCUCUUCUUCAAAACUUUGUGCGGGCAGUCCCUUUGAGCACAUGCACUUUAUCCCAGGAACUAUACAUCUUUCAUCGUGCUGCACUUAUCAGUUUGAUAAAAGUCAGAGCAGUGAGGAGCAAUGAUAUUCCAGCUAUCAAAAGCCUUCUAGAGAAUCUACAUCUUCAAGAAAGUAUAUUUGUUGAUUUGGAGAUCUACAACCAAGCACGGAGAGAUGAUGACGGGACUCCUGUUCAAGCUUUUGUUGCUGAAGUUUCCAAUCAGAUUGUCGGUGUUUCUGUUAUCAGAAAUGAAACGGACAUUGAGUAUAUUCGCUCACAUUACAAUAUUGAGGAUUUUAUCUACUUCAGUCACCACCAACGGGAGGAACAUGGGCACCUUCAUCAUUAUGCUUUAAAUCCAAUAUUUAUGAAUUAUGGAAGACAUUUCCUCAAAGAGAUCCUGCGGUUAUCCCACAAGUCUGCCCUGUAUUACCCCAUAUAUCCCUCAUAUGAUAAAACACAGUUUAAGAAUCCCUGUGCCCAUUCUCUGUCAUCUGCCCUUCAUUAUAUGGUUCCCGUGCGACCAAGACGACAGAUUGUCUUUCCUCUGGAAAAGCUUGGUAUAAAUGCUCCAUCAAAGCAGGUCUCAAAGGAUCAGCCAAGCUAUGCAUUAAACCACUUCAAUCGGAAGGUUACCUUAGAGCCAAAAGUGACCAUCAAUGCCCGCAUUGUCAUAGUUGGAGCAUCAGAGGUUGGAAUCUCAUUUUUGGAAACUCUUGUUUUCUGUCCCCACUUGAAGUUCAAUAACAUUACUUUGAUUUCACCCGAUGGGCUUCCUGAAAAUACACCAAUUACUUCUCAGGAACUUGGAUUCCUUUCUACCAGCCACUGCUAUAGUGAUAAAGAUUAUGCACUGAUGUCACUUCGAUCCUGGGUUAAUGUUGUGGUUGGUAAAAUGACUGGCAUAGACAGAGCUGCCAAGUUUGUCAUUGUUGCCAAUGGCAGAAAAGUGCCAUAUGACCAUCUCAUUCUUUGUACUGGGCAACAAUACCAGGUUCCCUACCCUACAGAAGUAGAUGUUCGUAGGCUUCUGACUAAUAGAGAAGUACCAGUGUCUUCAAAAAAGAGGUACACAGGCAAAAUUCCUUCAAAUCUAUUUACCCCACAGAACCGUCAGGACUGCAUAGUGGCAAUGCGAUUUCUGAAAGACAGUUUUGUCAAGCAAGAAGGUAAUGUGAUUGUGUAUGGGAAUACACUUGACUGUUACACCACAAUUUCUAGCCUUUUAUCCCUUGGAAUUAGUGGCAGUCGCAUCCAUCUGGUACAGCCAGCACUUACGUCGAAUGUUACUUGCUUUAACAACUAUGCUAUAGAAGAAGCUGUACAGAAAGCCUUAUUGACUGAAGGGGUAACAUCCUACUACAACUGCAUAUUAGCACAGUGGAACGAUGGGGCACAUGCAGACCCUAUAUGUUUUGCAUCAUUCACCACUGACACAAAACCUCUGAGAUUACAGUGCUCUGCAUUUUUUAACUUUUCUCAGAAGAGUGUAGACUAUGAAGCCUUCAAAGCAAUAAAUGAUGCAUGCCUAGUUUAUGAUGGAAGGCUCGUCGUUGAUACAGCAUUUCACACAAAUGAUGAUUCCAUAAGAGCAGCAGGAACCUUAACGAAAUACUCCAAUCGUUAUUACGCAAGUGAAUGGUCACAUAGCAAUUUCAGCUCAAAAGAAAUCGGUUUCCAGCUUGCCGCUAAUAUGCUUAAUAUAUUUGAUCCAACGCUUGAACCAGUCAGUGAAUUCACAGAGGAGUAUGACAGGCUUAUCCCAAUCUACAAAGGACCUCUAAUUCAAGGUGGUAUCAUUCCAGGGGGCUUCCAUUACUUAUGUGUAAAAAAACCUGCAAUUCCUUGUCCUUUAAAGGCUCAAAUGGCACAGGUGCAUUAUGGACGGGAAAUAGUAACAGGGAGUGCAGAUGAUGGAGAUUACUUCCGACUACACAUCAAUCAAUACAGUAUGGUGGAGUCUAUAACCUGCCUAUCACAGAAACCUUUUCCAGAGUCCAAUUACAUAUGUUUGUAUGGCCAUCAUGAGCGACUGCUGAACAAUCUUUGUGCUCGGUUUGAUGAGGGGCUUAUCAAGGACUUGUACAGCUACUUCAUGGAAGCCUGGUGCAUGGCCAUCUAUCACGAUCGCUUUAUCGAUUUCAAGCAAGAGGUCCGCGAGAUGCUAGCAGCUAAGCAAAGUGAAGAGGGGCCCAGUAUGAAGCAGUUGGCUCAGCAAGCAGCAGAUGAUGAGCUCAAUGUGAUGGAGCAGCCGAGACAAUAUUUGAAGAGAAUGCUGGAGGAACAUGGUUACAAGAAGCAAAUAGAGAGGAAAAUCCUGAAUUAUCUGAACUACAACAGCAACCACCUGUCCAUGUUUGCAAGGCCUGGAAUGAUUUAGUCGAUGUGUUUUCUUGAUCUACUGAUCUACAUGGGCCACAUCUGCUCUACCUGAGUUUGCACUGUACACGGUGUCCUGUAGGGGGAGCCUGAGACUAUUAGCAAAACUGCACCAAAACAACACUAAUAACAUUCAAUUACUUUAACUUUUAUUCACAAUAAAGAUUAUUGUGUCCAUUG